UGGCUUUGCCCAGACGCAGAGACCCCCCACCUCCAAAGAGGUCCUCCUUGAGCGGUGUCAAGACUAUAAAACCGAGGGUCAGCCCCUAGAGCCAGCCUUCGGCCUCCCCUGCACACAUAUUUUCCCCUUAGUGGUGGCAGCAGGAGGCGGCCCUUGAGGCUGGAACCCGAAGCGGAAAGUGGCUUAGGAAAGUGCAGCUGGGCUCCCUCCACCCUGCACCUCCAGGAGCAGACAGAAUAGAGGCUUCUCCCGAAAGAGCCACACAUUCCUGCCCAAGAUCUUCUUCCGCAAAAUGUCAUCCUCAGGGGCCAAGGACAAGCCCGAGCUGCAGUUUCCCUUCCUGCAGGAUGAGGAGACGGUGGCCACGCUGCACGAGUGCAAGACCCUGUUCAUCCUGCGCGGCCUGCCGGGCAGCGGCAAGUCCACGCUGGGCCGGGUCAUCUUGAGCAGGUACCACGACGGCACCAAGAUGGUGUCCGCUGACGAUUACAAGAUCACCCCUGGUGCUCGCGGAGAUUUCUCGGAGCAGUACAAGCGGCUGGACGAGGACCUGGCUGCCUACUGCCGCCGGGACGUCCGGGUCCUCGUGCUGGAUGACACCAACCACGAGCGGGAGCGGCUGGAGCAGCUCUUCGAAAUGGCCGACCAGUACCAGUACCAGGUGGUGAUGGUGGAGCCCAAGACGGCCUGGCGGCUGGACUGUGCCCAGCUCAAGGAGAAGAACCAGUGGCAGCUGUCUGCCGACGACCUGAAGAAGCUGAAGCCUGGGCUGGAGAAGGAAAUCCUGCCCCUCUUCUUCGGCUGGUUCUUGACCAGGAAGAGUUCCGAGAACCUCCGCAAGGCUGGCCAGGCCUUCCUGACGGAGCUGGGGAACCACAAGGCCUUCAAGAAGGAGCUCCGACAAUUUAUCCCUGGUGAUGAGCCCAGGGAGAAGAUUGAUCUGGUCACCUACUUCGGGAAGAGACCCCCGGGGGUGCUGCACUGCACCGCCAAGUUCUGCAACUAUGGGAAGGCUCCUGGGGCAGAGGAGUAUGCCCACCUGGACGUGGUGAAGAAAUCCUACGGCAAGGCCUUCACGCUGACCGUCUCUGCCCUCUUUGUGACGCCCAAGACAACCGGAGCCCGGGUAGAGCUGAGCGAGCAGGAGCUGCCCUUGUGGCCGAGCGACGCGGACACGCUGCCACCCUCGGACAGCCUGCCCCGGGGCAGCCGUGCCCACAUCACCCUCGGCUGCGGCAGCGGCGUGGAGGCCGUGCAGACCGGCUUUGACCUCCUAGAUAUCGUGAAGCAGGAGAAGGGGGGCAGCCGAGGCGAGGAGGUGGGUGAGCUAAGCCGGGGCAGGCUCUACAGCCUGGGCAAUGGGCGCUGGGUGCUGAGCCUGGCCAAGAAGAUGGAGCUCAGGGCCGUCUUCACAGGGUACUACGGGCAGGGCAAGCUUGUGCCCACACACGGCGCCCAGAAGGGCCGCGCCAUGCAGUCCUGCACCAUCAUCUGAGCGUCCUCACCGCCACGCGCCCCUUGAUCUUUAGAAGGGAAGGGGGAGGAGGGGACGUGCCCUAAGCUUCAUCUCUGAAUUUUUUUUUUUACUCAAAGUUAACCUUCCUGUAACUUUUAAAAAAUGUGUAAAAUAACUCCCUUUUCCUACCCACUGUUUCCCCUCUAACACUCAUGUUGUCAACACAAGGAGGGGUGGUGGGCAGGCGCCAUUCCGGGGCCCGGACCCAAGCCGAGGGCCUGGCGCUGCGGCCCAACCCAGCCCUGCUCCCAGUUACUGGUGCCCCGGCGCCUGCCCUGCCCACGGCUGCACGGACCCACCGGGUGGGCAGGGCAGCUCUGGAAAACUAGUGGUGGGCUUGAAAGGGCGGGGACCCCUGGGCUUUGAUCCCAUUUCUUAAUCAGUACAGCCCCAAGAAGGCUGGGGCUACUUAUCAGGGUACAAAAAGGGGGGGUCACCUCCCACUUUAGUCCUAAGUGCCUGUCCCUGCUUUCACUCUGUAACUAGGUAACAGUCUGGUAACUAGGGAAGAACACAGUAGGCAGCUGCCAUAUCCCAGGCUGGCUGCGGGCCUUCCUGCCAGUGGUGUGGCGGCGUGGAUGGGAGGCUGAGGCCAGAGACAGGCCCUCGGUGGGGAAGCUCCAGUCUCGCUGUCUGUCCAGCCCAUCUCGCCUCCUCGGUGCCUCUGGGGGCCUGUGUGCCUCCUCUAAAGGGGGCUGGUGGGUACCAAGAGCCAAUGCAGCGGACUCCUGCUGUUAAGGACCAAGCCUCACCUGGUGCCUCUGGAAAGGGUUAACACUGCUACGUGUGCUGUGGUUCUUGGGGUGCCCUCUACUUGCCUCUGCUCAGUAACAGGACCUUGCUAAUCAGGUUGUCACUAGACAAAAGUGCUUGGGAUUUAAGUUACUAUCCUGUCUUUGCCCAACCUCAGCAACUUGUAAGACUGAUAAUGAAAUAAAUCAUGUUAAUCCGA